GUGGGCCAGCUGCUGGGGGUCCCCGUGCCGAGCUUUAGCUGGGCCCGGCUGCAGACCCUCCUGGACGGGGUCAGGGACUCAGACCGGCUGUUGGGGAUUGUUGGUCACAGUCCAGUCUCCCAGCUGCUAAGUUCUCAUGGAAGUUCGCGCCUGGGUGGCUGGAGCAGACACGUCUCCCUGCACAUGGCCAGGAUCUUAUCUGCCCAGAUAGCCAGGAAACAGAGAGAAGUAUAAAAGGCUGCAGCCCUUGGGCUUCCUAACCCCGACAGCGAUGGAGGUGGCGAGAAGGCUGCUCUCUCUGGCCCUUCUGAUGGCCCCGUGUUUGGCGGAGUGGAAUUCCACUGAGGCUGAAGGCAGAUCAAGCUGCAGGGCCAGCCUGGGAGGGAGCAACGCAGGAGAGACACACAAGACCUUCAUCGUGAACCUGAAUUCCGACGAGAACUGCAUUUGGACCAUAGACAAACCAGAGAACAAAAGCAUCAGACUCGUCUUUUCCCACGUCCAGCUGGAUCCAGAUGGAAGCUGUGAAAAUGAAAACAUUAAAGUUUUUGAUGGACUUCCUGCAAAUGGGUACCUGCUGGGGACCGUCUGCAGUAAACACGACUACGUGCCUGUAUUUGAAUCGUCAGCCGAUACACUGACGUUUCAGAUAGUCACCGACUCCACAACACUUCCAAGAACUGUCUUUGUCUCCUACUACUUCUUCUCUCCUGACACCUCUAUUCCGGACUGUGGCGGGUACCUGGAUGCGUUGGAAGGUUCCUUCACCAGCCCCAAUUACCCAAAGCCCCAUCCUGAGCUGGCUUACUGUGUGUGGCACAUACAAGUGGAGAAAGGUUACAAGAUCAAACUGACCUUCAAAGAUAUUUUCCUGGAAGUAGACGACAACUGCAGGUUUGAUUUCGUCGCCGUCUAUGACGGCUCCUCCACCAGCUCUGGCCUGAUCGAACAAGUCUGUGGCCGCAGGAAGCCCACCUUCGAAUCUUCUUCAGACUCCUUGACUGUUGUGUUAUCUACCGAUUAUGCCAACUCCUACUGGGGCUUUUCUGCUUCCUACACUUCAAUUUAUACCGAAAACGUCAACACCACGUCUUUAACUUGCUCUUCUGAUAAGAUGAGAGUCAUCAUAAACAAAUCAUACCUGGCAUCAUUCAACUAUAAUGAGAAUAACUUACAACUAAAUGACCCAACCUGUAGACCGAGGGUAUCCAAUGUUGUGGAAUUUUCGAGCCCUCUGGAUGGAUGUGGCAUGAUCAAACAGGUGGAAGACCACUCAAUCACCUACACCAACGUCAUCAGCUUCACCGUGUCCCCGACUUCUGAAAUCAUCACCCGCCAGAAGCACCUCCAGAUCAUCGUGAAGUGCGAAAUGGAAAACAAUUCCACCGUGGAGAUCAUGUACAUAACGGAGGACGACGUCAUACAAAGUCAGGUCACACUGGGCAAAUACAACACAAGCAUGGCUCUUUUUGAAUCCAGUUCCUUCGAAAGGCCUGUACUCGAGUCACCGUAUUAUGUGGAUUUGAAUCAGACUCUUUAUGUUCAAGUCAGUCUGCACGCCCCAGACCCAAAUCUGGUGGUGUUUCUUGAUACGUGCAGAGCCUCUUCCACGUCUGACUUUGGCUCUCCAACCUAUGACUUAAUCAAGAGCGGGUGUAGUCGAGAUGACACCUGUGAGCUGUAUCCUUUGUCCAGACACCACGGGAGGUUCCAGUUUCGCGCCUUUAAGUUCUUGAGGAGUCUGAACUCCGUGUACCUGCAGUGUAAGGUUCUGAUCUGCGACAGCGGCGACGAGCAGUCUCGCUGCCAUCAAGGCUGUGCCGGCAGGAGGAAGCGCGAAGUCUCUUCCUACACGUGGAAGGCCGACUCUGUCAUAGGCCCCAUUCGUCUGAAAAGGGAUCGGAGUGCGGGGGGAGACUCAGGCCGUCCACACCAACCACAGGCAGAAGAAACGCGGAACCAGCCUUUUGAUAGCCUGCACCUGGUUUCAUUCACGGUCCUUGCCUUGAAUGUGGUGGUUGUAGCCGCAGUCGUGGUGAGGCAUUUUCUAAAUCAGCGGGCGGACUACAAAUACCACAAGCUGCCAGGCUCUAACUAGUGGGCUCGGCUCCGUGUGAGACACGUUUAUCCUGGUUGCCAAAGCAAACGGAGUCUCGUGGCUACACACGUCGUGAACAACCAAGGCCUGCGAAUGUGGCCCCGGGGCUUGGUGUCACUGUGCUGGUGUGUUUCAUUGCAGGAGGAUUGGAAUAAAUAUGCAUGAUGUCAGCACUCUGCUUUUAGUACUAAAGGCACCAAAAUAUUACAUGGCUUGGAAACAUCUCUGGUCAUUAGCAUAAAAUAUUUUAACCAAAUUGUAGGUGAAAAGAAAGAUUAUUUCUAUUUAAGAAAAGCAAUCUUCAGUUAGAUGCUUUUAUUUUAAAAAUGUGAGCAUGAAACACAA